AUGGCGGGACAGGACGACGGCGGCAGAAAGGCGGCCCUUACCCUCCACAUCGUCGUCGUUGGCUGCGGCCUCGGUGGCCUCGCCGCCGCGCACACCCUCGCCCACGCCGGCCAUCACAUAACCCUCCUCGAGGCCGCCCCUGUCAUCGGCGACGUCGGCGCAGGCAUCCAAGUCUCUCCCAACGCAGCACGCCUCCUCCUCCGUUGGGGCCUUGGUUCUGCCCUUUCCGCCACCGCCGUGCGCCCCGAGGCGAUCGUAUUCCGGCGGUACGACACGGGCGAGCGCGUAGGCUACACACGCUGGGGUGACGUCAUGGACAGAUCCCACGGCGCGCCCUACCUCCACGUUCACCGCGCAGACUACCACGCCAUGCUCCUCCGCCUCGCCCGCGCCGCGCCCAAUGUGACCCUGCGGUUAGGCGCGACCGUCAUCGGCGUCGACCCCGACCCCGCCAGCGCCGUCGGUGGCCCGAGCGUGACGCUCGCCUCGGGCGAAGUCGUGCGAGGCGAUCUCGUUGUCGGUGCGGAUGGUGUCAAGAGUAUGUUGCAGGCUGCCGUGACGGGCAAGUCGAGCGCGCCGCGGGCGACGGGCGACGCCGCGUACCGCGCGAUCAUACCGACCGACGUGAUGCUGCGCGACCCAGAGCUCAGGCCGUUCGUGGAGACGCCGGAGAUGACCGCGUGGAUGGCCCCUGGAAGACAUCUGAUGGCGUAUAACAUCAGAGGGAAGAAAGAAUUCAACCUCGUCUUGCUCCACCCCGACGACGGCUCGGUCGAGUCUUGGACAGCGGAAGGCAGCGCAGACAAGAUGCGAGCCGACUUCAAGGAUUUCGAGCCAAGGGUCCAAAAACUCCUCGCAUAUGUCAAUUCAACCCUCAAGUGGCGCCUCAUGGACCGUCCCGCGCUCGAUUCCUGGGUGCACCCCAAGGGUCGCAUCGUCCUCCUCGGUGACGCUUGCCAUCCCAUGCUGCCAUAUCGCGCCCAAGGUGCCGCGAUGGCGAUCGAGGACGCGGGGGUGCUAGGCGCGCUGCUCUCGCACCUGUCCACGAUCGAAGAGCUACCGGUGCUGCUCAAGGCGUAUCAGGAUCUACGGCUGGACCGCACGAGCGACGCGCAAGAGCAGUCCCGUCUGAACCGCAGCAUCUUCCACCUUCCCGACGGCCCCGAGCAGUGCGCGCGCGACGCGGAGAUGCGGCGCGCGAUGGCGGCCGAGUUCGCCGCGCUCGAGCACGCAGGCGGGCACCCUGCAUCUGUCUCCGCGUCCUUAGCGGAUGGCGAGACGCUGAUGGUGGGCAACCCGAACCAGUGGGCCGACCGGCGCAAGAGCGAGCGGCAGUUUUCGUACGACGCGGAUGGGGCCGUGCAUGGGUGGUGGACGGCCGGUGGGCGUGCGUUGCUGGAGGAGGCGCGCGCGCGUACAGAGGCGGCAGCGAAGGCGAAGGCGAAGCUGUAGAUGGCGAGCGUUGGGGCUGGCAAGGGCGGUGGGACGCAGAGAGGGAGUCCAGGCGGAGAGAGCUCGCGCGGAGCGAGGGUGAGGGCGCCUUAUGUUCUUUGAUGCGGCUGGCGCGGCGGAGAGAGCGGGGAUGAUGUGUGCGUUUCUGUUUUCCGGCCAUCCAAGUCCCGCAUUCCCUCCCACCUUAUUGCAUCUUUCCAAUUUGUGACAUCUUUCCCGGAAUGCAUCGUAUCUCUGAUUUCUGUCAAUCGAGUGAUGACUGGACC